AUGCCGGUUGUUAAGGGUGGUGUCUGGACCAACAUUGAGGACGAGAUCCUCAAGGCAUCCGUCUCGAAAUAUGGUCUCAACCAGUGGCAGCGCGUCUCGUCUCUCCUCGCCCGUAAGACCGCGAAGCAGUGCAAGGCGCGGUGGACAGAAUGGCUGGACCCGGGCAUCCGCAAGGUGGAGUGGUCGAAGGAGGAAGAUGAGAAGCUAUUGCAUCUGGCUAAGCUGAUGCCCACACAAUGGCGAACAAUCGCACCCAUCGUUGGCCGAACCGCGACACAGUGCCUAGAGCGUUAUCAGCGGUUACUUGACGAAGCUGAGGCACGCGAGGACGACGAACUUGGCCUUGGUGGUCCGGAAGGAGGAGAGACCGCGGCGCCAACGGGUGACGAUGUGCGCAAGUUGCGACCGGGCGAGACCGACCCAGAUCCCGAGUCAAAACCCGCGAGACCAGACACUGUCGAUCUUGACGAAGAUGAGAAGGAAAUGCUGAGCGAGGCUCGAGCUCGAUUGGCCAAUACACAGGGCAAGAAGGCAAAGCGAAAAGCUCGAGAACGCCAGCUAGAAGAGUCCAGGCGACUAGCGGUGUUGCAGAAGCGACGAGAACUGAAGAAUGCCGGCAUCAACAUCAAGAUCACCAAUCGCAAAAAGGGACAGAUGGACUACAAUGCUGAUGUUCCAUUCGAAAAGGCUCCAGCUGCUGGUUUCUACGAUACAAUUGACGAGAAGACGACCAACGAGCGGGAACGAGAAUCCUUCGAUCCAAGGAAACAACAGCUCGCGCGUAAGCGGCAAGGCGACCAGGAUGAAGAAAAGGACCCCAAACGCCAGAAGCAGGAAAAGGACAAAACUGCCGCAGCCGCGGCCGCUCGAGCCGGUCAGAUGCAGAAGAUGCGUGAAGCUGAGCAACAAAGUCGACGAAGAGGUCUCAACCUACCGGCCCCUCAGGUCAGCGAUGCUGAGCUUGAAGACAUCGUCAAGAUGGGCUUAGCUGGUGAUCGAGCUGUCAAAGCGUCAGGCGAGGAUGAGACCGACACUCAGCGUCUCGUAUCUGGCUACGCGAACAUGGUCGGCCAAACACCGAUCAGGACGCCGCGGGCCCCUGCCCAGGAGGACCAUAUCGCCAAUGAAAUUCGUAACAUCCGUGCCCUAACAGAUACGCAAUCAUCACUUCUCGGCGGUGAGAACACUCCUCUUCAUGAAGGGGCUGCCUCGACCGGUUUCGAUGGCAUCGCUCCACGAAGAAACGACAUGGUGACCCCUAAUCCUAUGGCGACUCCACGACAGCCUAAUGGUGCAAAUCGCGUGGGAGCCACCCCUCUCCGGACCCCUCGCGACAGUUACACUCUCAACGCUGCGGACCAGCAGCAACUCGUCUCACAAACGCCGGCCGAGAUUCGACACGCGGAACAAGUCACCAAAGCCUCACUACGUGCAAAACUAGCCUCUCUCCCAAAACCAAAAGCCACAUCCUGGGAGCUCGAAGAACUCCCAACCGAAAACGCCGAAGUCACUGCGCCAUCCAUCUCCCAGGAAGAUCAGGAAGAGAUCGACCGGCGCGCGCAACAAGCCCGCGAAGCCGCGGCCCUGGCCGAAUUCAAGCGCCAGAGCACCGUCUAUCAGCGGUCGCUACCACGCCCCAAAACUAUCAAUUACACCGCCCUCGCCCAAGACGCCGCCUCAAACACCGACCCAAUCCGUGCUCUCAUCGCCUCCGAGACCGCCCUUCUCAUGGCUCACGACGCCCGCAAAUUCCCUCUACCAAACUCCUCCGUCUCCGGCAAACCGCCAACACUCGCCCCUCUCCCAGACGACCUCCACGCCGCCGCCCGUGCAGAGCUCGCCCGCGACCUCAGCCCCUCCGACCAAGAAGCGUACCACGCCGCGGUAACCUCCCACUACGCCGACCUCGACGCCGCAAACCCCCUACCGCACACCAUCCCACCAUCGGCGCCCGCCUCCGCCUACGCGCGCCCCUUCGCGAGCGCGACGGCGGCGCUGCACGCGCUGGCGGAGCAGGACGCCAAAACCGAGGCGCUGCUCAAGAAGCUGCACGGCGGGUACGCGGCGCGGCAGAGGGCGCUGAGGAAGAAGAUCGAGGAGCGCUACGAGGAGGUCGAGAAAACGAGGGUGGAAUUGGAGUGUUUCACGAACUUGCGCAUUGGUGAGGAGGCGGCGUUGACCAGGCGGCUGGAGGGUCUGAGGGAGGAGGUGGCGGCUGUGAGUAGGCGGGAGAGGGAGGCUCAGGAGGAGUAUAGGAAGGUCAAAGAGGGUGAGGUCAACGGCUUGUAG